UCGUCAGAGGUGUAAGAUGGCGGUCGAUGAAGUAAACUUACGAAACUGUGUCUCAUUAAAAUACGUUUGUGCAUUUGUCAGCUAUUGAAUAUUAUUAGUCGAUAGCUAGAAUACAUAUUUACAUGACAUCUGUUGUGAUUCACUAGUAACUGGAGUGUGUCUUUCGUAAAAUUGCGGCAGAAAGCUUUCUUCAAGUCACAGGCUUAAAAUGUCAGUAACUGCCUCAAAACCAUGCCACGAGGAAGAAAAUUCGAAGUUGACAGAGGAGGAUGAUUGGAAAAUACAAUUAGCGUUUUGCAAACCACGUCAUACGGCAACGAUUGAGGGUGUCAAUUGUAUUACACAAACAUGGAGAAUGAAAGAACGGAUGAAAACUGUGAGCGUGGCUCUAGUUUUGUGCUUAAACGUUGGUGUCGAUCCUCCAGAUAUCGUCAAGACGCAACCAUGCGCUCGCCUGGAGUGUUGGAUAGAUCCUUUAUCAAUGAGUCAACAGAAAGCUUUGGAAACUGUAGGUUCUAAUUUACAGAAACAGUAUGAACGAUGGCAACCAAGAGCUCGUUACAAACAAAGUUUAGAUCCCACUGUUGAGGAAGUUAAAAAGUUGUGCACUUCUUUGAGGAGAAAUGCGAAAGAGGAAAGAGUAUUGUUUCAUUAUAACGGUCAUGGUGUUCCUAAACCUACUAGUAAUGGUGAAAUAUGGGUAUUUAAUAGGACAUAUACACAAUACAUUCCUUUGUCUGUAUACGACUUGCAGACAUGGAUGGGAGCUCCUAGUAUCUAUGUAUAUGAUUGUUCAAAUGCAGGUAUUAUUGUAGAAUCUUUUCAACAGUUUGCAGAACAACAUGAGAAGGAAUAUGAGAUGGAAAGACAAGCACUACAGCAGAAUCGUACAACUGGGGUCACUACAUAUGGAAAUGCAACAGUACCAUCUUACAAAAAUUGUAUUCAGUUAGCAGCAUGUGCAGCUAAUCAAAUUUUACCUAUGAAUCCAGAUUUACCUGCUGAUAUAUUUACCUCAUGCCUUACAACUCCAAUAAAGAUAGCAUUACGAUGGUUUGUAAUGCAAAAUACGUCGAAAUUGGUACCAAAAAUAUCAUUAGAUUUAAUUGACAAAAUUCCAGGGCAGUUGACUGAUAGAAGAACAAUGUUAGGAGAACUUAAUUGGAUAUUUACAGCAAUUACUGAUACAAUAGCAUGGAACACUUUGCCAAGAGAUUUAUUCCAGAGAUUAUUCAGACAAGAUUUAUUAGUUGCUAGUUUGUUUAGAAACUUCUUACUUGCUGAAAGAAUACUUCGAUCAUAUGAUUGUACACCAGUUUCUUGUCCAAAAUUACCACCUACUUAUCAGCAUCCUAUGUGGCAAGCAUGGGAUUUAGCACUUGAUCUCUGUUUAGCACAAUUACCAUCUAUACUAGAAAAUGAAGAUCAGUUUGUGCAUUCCCCAUUUUUCGAAGAGCAAUUGACAGCCUUCCAAGUAUGGCUUACUCUAGGUUCAAAAAGUCGCAACCCUCCAGAACAACUGCCAAUAGUACUUCAAGUCUUGUUAAGUCAAGUUCAUAGACUAAGAGCAUUAGAAUUAUUGGGACGUUUUCUUGAUCUUGGUCCAUGGGCAGUAAAUUUGGCUCUUAGUGUAGGCAUUUUUCCAUAUGUUUUAAAAUUACUUCAGAGCAAUGCUAGAGAAUUACGUCCAUUGCUUGUUUUUAUUUGGGCAAAAAUUCUUGCAGUUGACAGUACUUGUCAAGCAGAUCUUGUACGCGAUGGAGGGCACAAAUAUUUUUUAUCUGUCCUUCAAGAUACUUCUGUUCCGAGCGAAUACAGAACAUUAGCAGCAUUUGUUUUGGCUAGUAUUGUAAAUGAUUAUCGACAAGGUCAAGUAGCUGCUAAUCAUGGUAGCCUCGUUUCGAUUUGUUUGGAACAACUUGGGGAUACAAACUCCUUAUUACGUCAAUGGCUGUGUUUAUGUCUAGCUAGGCUUUGGCAUAAUUAUGACAAAGCAAGGUGGUGUGGCGUUCGAGAUAUCGCACACGAGAAACUAUUUACAUUACUAAGAGAUUCAGUUCCUGAGGUUCGAGCAGCUAGUGUUUACGCUUUGGGUACAUUCAUAAAUAGUGUUACAACACGAAGUGAACAUGCAAAUAAUAUCGAUCAAAUCAUUGCUAUAACGCUGAUUAAUACUGUAUCUCAUGAUAUGUGCCCCUUAGUUAGAAAAGAAUUAGUAGUAGCGCUUCAAUGGAUGGUUUUACACUUUGAAAAUUCCUUUGUAACUUUAGCUUUGGCUGAAGAAAACAGUCGCAAAGACCUUGUAGUGGAAACAUUUUCACCAUUUAGUGGAAUGAGACGCAUUAGUUCCAGAGAUAGAUUAAAAAUGCUUUCUCCUAAUAAUAUGUACAGUGUAGACAGUACGGAUGGAUUUGGACAAGAUCGUAUUAAGAGAGUAUCUUCCUCAUCGUCUAUAAGUAGUUUAGAUAACAAUUCCUUAUAUUGUUUCAUUCAUGUGCCAGGAAAUAAUUGGGAGUUCGUGAGGAAACCUUGCGAGUCACUUGGACACAGUUCACUUGGAAAUUUACCAAGUCUUUCCUAUGGUAGUGUAUAUAUGAAAUUAUGGCAUGGGCUAUGUAACCUCGAUAAUGAUCCCCAUCCUGCAGUUGCCUCAAUGUCUCAAAAAGUAACUAAUCAUAUUCGAAAUCAGGUGAAAGAAUCAUCUACACCUAAAGAAGGGAUUGAGACGAAAACAUCUUCGUCAAUGUCUCUUCCACCAUCUCCAUCUAAUCGUACAACCUACUUAAGCAAUAGCAAAGGGGAGUCGCCACCUACAGUAAAUUCAAGGGUAUCAUCGCAUGUUCCUCGAUCGAAAAAAACAAUUCCUAAUAUGAUAUUGGAAGAAGCUGACGAGUUUCCUGAAAUCAAGACACCAUUGACAACUUCGCAAUUUGUUGAGUGGAGUUGCGCUCAAUUUGCUCAACCUGUUAGUGUAGAGAGUGAGACUGAGUCGAUGAAUGAUAUGGAAAGCAAAUCUCAUUAUGAGAGGGAAUGGAGGUAUUUAAGAAAUAAAAGGCACAGAUCUGAGACAAGAGAAGAACAAGUACGAGCAGUACAAAGUAGGGUGGAGUCACAAAUAUUUCACGCAAGAUGUUCUGUUUCUCCAGAUGUCUUAACAUUUCAUCCCUUUGAACCUCAUUUGGCAGUGGCAUUGAAAGAUUUCUUUGGAGUAUGGGAUUAUCAAUCUGGUCCAAAGUUAUUAACUUAUUGUGCGAGUCGAGGAAAUAAGGCAUCGCGUAUUACAGCUCUCGAAUUUAUCAACGCUCACGAUGUCAGUUUACUAAUGGCUGGAUCCGAUGAUGGCUCAGUUAGAGUUUGGAAACAUUAUAGUAACACGCUAAACCGUGAACCGAUUUUACUUACCGCCUGGCAAGCACUUGCUGAUAUACAACCAGUAACAAAAACAACAACCGCAACAGCUGGUUUGGUUACUAAAUGGGAACAGAAGUCCCUUACCUUAGCUGUUACGGGUGAUGUUCGUAUUAUUAGACUCUGGGACGCAGAGAGUGAAUUAAAAAAACAAGAUAUACCUACAGGUGCUGAUUGUUGUGCUACCUGCAUUGAUGUUGAUGGCGUAGGUUCAAUGAUGACCGUUGGUUGUGGUGAUGGUUCCGUUCGCUUAUUCGACAGAAGAUUGCCUCCAUUAGAAUCGAGAGUUAUGAUUUGGAGAGAACACACAGCGUGGGUAUUGGGGACGUCUUUAAGAAAAUCUGAUAGAUCGGCACCUCAAUUGUUUACUGGAUCAUCAUCAGGAGAUAUUCGAAUAUUUGACCUUAGAAAAAAUUCCUCUGUAAGCACUGUACAGAUAACGCAAGGUAUUACAGCAUUGGCAGCGCACGAAGUAGCUGAUGUUUUUGCAUGUGGGUCGACAAAUCACUGUAUAAGUGUAUAUAACACAAUAGGUCAACACUUAAAUACGAUAAAAUUCCAUGAAGGAUUUAUGGCUACACGUAUUAGUCCAGUAAGUUGUUUAAACUUUCACCCGUACCGUGUAGUUCUAGCAGCUGGAUGUGUAGAUAACACUAUAACAGCAUAUGCAUCUGAAUCACGCAGAUGACUAAUAGAGAUGGAAUUGCUGUAAAAUUAUUUUCAUAAAUACUUACACAUCCACAGUACUUGAUAUUUUAAACAUUGUUAGUCAUUAAUGGAAACGUUGAGGACAAGAUGUUACUGAUUAUUUCAUAAUCAAAACAAUUUUUUAUGCUGCAGUAAUUUGUUUUUCUACUGUGUUUCGUUUUCUUACAUAAAAAAACUACUUUCCGAAAAUUAUUAACUUAUAACGUAAUGAAUUAAUAGUUUUUUUUAAUAAUAAUGGAUGGAAUAACCAAAGUCUAUUUAGACGACCAAAGAAAGGAAUAUAUCCCUGUUUGUACAUGGGCAAUGUAAUUUUUUAAAAAAUACAAUCGAGAUUUGGUGUUCUUAAGAAACGAUGCAUAAUACAGGGUAUUUCACCUAACAUGACCACCUUAAAUAUAUCGCUUAUUUUGUAUGAUAGAAAAAAUGUCAUGAGGAGAAAAAUAUUCUGUUUAAAGGCGCCAAUACGGUGGUGGGCCAAAUUUUUUUCGAGAUUUUAAAGUCAUCGUAUUUUUUAGUAAAUGAAGGAAUUUCAAUUUCAUUGGAACAGUCUUAAGUCAAAUCUCUAUUUUAGAAAGUGUUCAAAAUGUGCACCAUGAACCUGGAUACAUUUUUUCAUCAAUUCUACAUUCAUACUGCGUUUCGUUACAUCAAGUACUAUGAUGAUAACGAUUUUGAAAAACAAUAUGUCUUCAGUAACCGAGCAUUAAAUUAGUUACAGAAUAACCAAUAUUUCUUUGAUGAGAAACAAAUUUGGUCCAUCACCAUAUUGGCGCCUUUUAACAGAAUAUUUUUCUCUUCGUGACAUUUUUUCUAUCAUACAAAGUAACCGAUACAUUUAAGGUGGUCAAGUUAGGUGAAAUAUCCUGUAUACGCAAAUGUGAUGCAACGAAAAAGAUACGAGAGUGUAUGUACGAGUACGUGUAAUAUUCAAUGCAGUUUGUAUCAUACAUAGUACAGUAACUUUAAUUAUUGUGCCAUGUAAGAUUGGUAUCAAUAAGUUUGACAGCAAUUUGCUUAACUGUUUUUCUCCUCUAUAGAGUGAUAAAGAAUUUAAUUUCUUUUA